AUGGGUGCGACGGACAAACAGACCGGCAUGGACGGCAAGGACUUUGCCAAGGCAAUUGGCAUCAACAAGCCCGCCAACGUGCGCGAUAAGAUAAAGCGAUGGCAGCAAGACGUAGACCCGGACGCGGCGGGCGCAGACAAGGCGGGCGCAUCCUCUCCCAAGACGACGCCCUCAACGCCCACCCCCAAGGCAAAGGCUCUGGAUGACAAGCCCAACUGGACGCCUUCACACGAGCGGGGGAAGUCGGUCGGCGCCAGUCCAGAGCGGCCGAAUAGCGCAAAGAAGACACCCGCCACCCAUAAUGAACUCGAUGAAGACCUACUCUCGGCAACGGCGCCUAAGAAGCGCGUCAUCAGCGACUCGCACUGGCGCAAGCAGUCGCCGACCAAGGAAGCCGGUCGCCCACAGCCAAAGACGAUACCAAAUGCCUGGGUGCGCCCCUCCCGCAUCGUUCCCAAGAAGCCCGCGAGCCCGGAGCUCAAGCCCAUUGUACACACCACACCACAACAGAAUCCUCUCCUACCGUUUGCCGAAUAUGUCGGCAGGAGCACCGGACAGACGAGACCCCUACCAAAGCAGCGCCGACCAUCGAAGCCCUCGAGCUCAGGGAGCGACCACCGACCGACAAGCAGCGGCGCAGGAAGCGGAAAGGGAGCCAAGACGAGCGAGACGGCUGGCAAGCCAAAGUCGCCGCAACCCCCGAAAGAGAAGAUGGAAAUUGUGCGGAUGCGACCCAGCCGGCGGCGUGCGCGGACAUCACCACGGGGGUCACUAUCGGCAGAAGACCUCGCGCGAUACCCUCGGAGACCAGGACGUGUGUCGGACACAGCGCUGAGCGAGGACCUCAACAAUCUUGUCACAGUCGAGUACGCAGAGAGCGGAGUUACAUCGGCACUGGAGAGCCGAAUAACAUCACCGCGAGACGAUGAGCUGCGAGAAAGACGGCGAAGACGGCGACCGAGAAGCCAGGGCGACCGUGCCGCCGACGAAGCGCUCAGACAACCACCGAAAAUCUCACGAAGAAAGAGCCGCAGGUCCUAUCCUAGGACCGAAGAGGAAGCAGCUGCGCCAUUGAUUGUGCCAGUUGCUCCAGAGACAUCCCCAACGAAGCCGUCGGGAAGCCGCUUAGAAGCCUGGCUCAGUAGCACCCCAGACCCGUUGGAUGAACCCAAACCUCGUCGCAGGCGGAGUAGGCGGAGAUCGAAGGAAUCUCUGUCGAGCGUAGACCUACCGUUGAAAGCUGCGCAGUCCGAAGUCACUGUAUCCACCGACGUAACACAAGAGGAGCCCGUCAAGAAGUCGCCUUCGCGUCGCAGGCGGAGGUCCAAGGACUCCGUUUCUUCUCUCGAUCUCCCUGCCGAGGCCGACAAAUCAGAGGUCUCUACAUCCACAAGAGCAACACAGGAUGAACCCGUCAAGGAGUCAAGCCGCAGGCGGAAGUCGAAAGACUCGGUAUCUUCUCCCGAGCAGCCAUCCAAGUCAGAGGUCAGUGCAUCCACUGAGACCACGCGGGAUGAGCAGGCUACGAAAUCGCGCCGCAGCAGUAGUGGUAGCAGCCGUCGACGGCGCCGACAGUCCAGUCGCGAGAUGACGGUAGAUACUCAGGACCUGGAAGAAGCCCCAUCGACCAUCAUCUCAGACACCACCACCGAGAUAACUACACAGGAUCAAGAUAGCGAAAUAUCAGUCACUCCAACUCCAUCACUGAAGCGACGUGGUGCAAGGCGCAGUCAAUAUUCGCCCACCAAAGGCCGAUCCAUGUCCUCUCCUCUUCGCGAGUCCACGUCAAUAGACGACAUGCCCAAGGACGACUUUUUGGAUCUAGAAACAGCGUCGAGGAAGCCUUCUUCCUCCGCCGACACAGCUUCUAUUGACCUCAUGCCACUGCCAUUACGACCGCGCCAAAUCCUAGGUCCGCGCAUGUACCCUACCAGUGGCAAACGCCUUUCAACUAUUGUUUCUGCCGAUUCGUAUGGAACGAGAAGAAAAUCAUCGCGGCGCUCAAAGGCUUCAGGCUCAGAUACCGUGACGGACAUCACAGAUGAUACUAUAUCUGUCUCGCGAGCACCUCCAUCAGAAGUUGGUUCCUACUUUAACCCCGAAACCUCGACCAUUAUCAGUCGCCAAAGUACCAGAAGAAGAAAGCUCGCCCGCCAUGCAGAUCUUAUUUCCGUGCUAUCCAUGCCCAAAGCGGGAGGUUCGAAGAGCAUCGUCUCUGCUCGCAGUAUCCGUACUAACAGAAGUCGCCUGGCAACUGCCACCAUUGAGGACAUCAUGCAAGAGCUCUCUUCCGAUGAAGCCAAAUACAUGCGAGAGCUUCGCACCCUCGUUGACGGUGUCAUUCCUGUCCUCCUCAGCUGCGUUCUCUCCAAGUCUGAGUCCGCCAUUGCUGCCGGGCUAUUCUCUCGUUCAUCAAAGGCAGACCCAAGUGAGGUUACCAAGCCCAUUGUCGAUAUGGGUGUCUGCCUCGAGAAGCUCAAGAACCUCCACAAACGUGUCCCCAGAGAAGACUCCGAUGAGCUUGUAUCCUGGGCUCAAAGUGCACAGCGUGUGUACUCUGAUUACAUCUCCGUGUGGCGCCUUGGCUUCCAAGAUGUCGUAAUCAGUCUCGCCCCUGCAGACGACGACCCAUUCAAGCCUGCAAAGGUUGUUAAUGGGCCAGAAGAUGGUGCGCCCUGGGACGAAGGCAUGCCCCGAAACGCUGAAGGAUAUGUGGUCAACAGCGAAGGCGAACGUGUUGAUGUCGCCUAUAUGCUCAAGCGUCCACUCGUACGAUUAAAGUACCUAGCCAAGACCUUGAAGGGCAUCAACCAUGUCAAACCGUCUGAACACGUAGAGAAGACGUCGAGCAUCUUCCAAGAGCUAGUUUCGGCGGCACGCAAACGGUCGAACGACGAGCAGGCCCGCCUUGAGGACGAGGCCGCGGCCAAUGUCGAUCCCACUCGCGCGCGCGAUCCUCGAAGUCUCGCCCCUCUUGCGGGCGUCCGAGUUGAUCCAACACGAUGCGUGCGGGCCAGAGAUCAUUUCGACCUACAUCUAUAUCAUUCAACUGGUCAGGAAAUGAGUUGUCGCGUUGAGAUAUUACUCCGUGACAACGCACCAGGUACGGGACCCGGAGGCGACCUCUUAUUCUGCGAAGUCGAUCCUACAGGCCGAUGGCUGCUCCUCCCGCCUGUUCAAUUGAGCCACGCGUCAGCUCGCAAUGGCGACCUCAAGGGCGAAAUCAUUGUCAUGAUCCGUGGAAACCAAGCGGACGGAUCCGAAUGGAGCGAACUCAUGUCGCUGAUAUCCGAUGACGAGCAAGCCGGAUUUGAGUGGGUGCAGAUGCUUGGUCUCAACCCCAUUCCUCCGCAGAUCGCCGAAGUAAAGAAGAAUCCCUAUGCACCUGUCAAUAUGCAACGACCAUCGAGCAGUCACGACUCUUCUCAACUUUCAAGUGUAACAGAGUCAACGCUUCCCCAGAAGAGCAGAACACCAAGUCCUCGUGAAAUCGAGAUUCCCAUUGGUGAACAACAUACUGAAGUAUCCAAAGUAUGGCAUUACGACACCUCCGACAAGCGCAACAAAUCACGCCCUGUGUCACCGAUUACGACACCAAGCCGCGAUAGUUCCUUCACGAGCGAGAAAUAUGACGGGAAAGAGCCGACCACACCCAUUGAAUCCAUGUACACGGCGGAUCAACUUCAGAACGACCCCGAUCAAACACCACGCGGCUUUGACGAAGCAGUUCGGGUUGCCAACACUGGUUCUCCUUCGAGCCUGAAGCGAACAAGGGCAAAGAGGCUGUCAAGAAAUCCCACCUCUUCACCAACGUCAGCACGAGCCUCCCGACAGAUUACGCUUGAAGACCCGGUCGAACUUGAGAACCCUAAGCCCGUAGUUGAGAGCCCCAAGCCACGUAGGAAAUCUACCAAGCGACGACCCCAAUCACUUCCUGCCUCGGCGGUUUCGCAGUCGAACAAGGGCUACAGUGUCUGGAUGCCAACCUCUGAAGUCGAUGAUGACUCUGAUGAAUCCGAAGCAGACAAUCGUACCAUUACAGAUUCAGAGAUUUCGCCACCAGGCUCUCCACCAUCUCCUCAACGUCCUCAAGCCCAUAGGCGUGUCUCUUCUGUACCUUCGCUAGAGCUGCCCAGUAUCCCAAGGCAAAGGAAGUCAAGUGGGCAAUCAACACCGGCCCGCGAUUCAGAAGUGGACGUCACAUACGCACACGAGAAGCCAAGCUCCGCGCCGUCAAAGUUGCAAAAGAAGAGUCGCGACAUUGUCCUUGAUGACAUCGAGGAGCCCCAAGUAGAGCGUGAGGGACCACCGCCGACCCCGCCACAUCGAUCACCUAGUCCGGCAACGCCUGUGACACUGAAGGGAAGCAAGACACCUAUCCUUACUCCGCUACUACCUGGAUUCAAGGGCAAACGACGCUCAUCAUCACCCUUGAAGCACGAGUAUGAGCCAUCGACUUGCACAGAAGAGUCGAGUGAAAGUGAAAGCGAGAGCGAGGAAGAUACACACUCCGAAGGCGAAAAAGAGGAGGGGUCCGAGGAGAGCCUUACUUCCGAAUCAUCAGAAGACGAACUGGAUGACGAUGUGCCCAUGCCGCUGAUGCCAAUUGGGUAUAUUGGACCUCGCGGAUACAGCUCACGUCCGUUUAUCACAGGAAGGGAAGCAAGCCGCCCGAAAACAGCAGAAAAGGCAGAAGAUGAGCCCAAGGAUUUUACAAAGGUUUCUCCUCCUGGGUCGAUUUACACCCUUCCCAACGGCACCAUCACACCAUCUCAAUCCGCGUCAAACACGCCCUACCGAGCUGUUCCUCGAAACUCUGCAAAAGCUUCCAGGACCAUCGCAUCCCUCUUUGCUUGGUCUGAGGCUGGCCGAUGGGACAGCUUGCACCCAGACGAAUGUAGCAUUGUCGUCACGCCAGGAAAGAUUGAAGUCUAUGAGAUCUCAAUCAACCACUCAAAACCCUUCCUGGCCGACGGCGACGAGAUCAUCACGCCUGAGGGAGGUGCUCCCCUUAUUGCGGUUGAGCUUACCCCUCUUGUACCGCUGCGAAAGUCAACGGCCAUUGAUAUUUCCAUUCGAUCACCGCCCACUGGAGAAUCGCGCAUCAAAGCCGGCAACAACAUCAUGUUGAGGAGUCGCAGUGCAGCUGAAUGCUCGCAAUUGUACGCCAUGAUCAACCAGUCGCGUAUCAAUAACCCUACGUACAUUGCACUUCAGAAUGCACGCGGACCCUAUGGACAAUCAAGCUGGGCCGAGGCGAUGGACCAGCGCAACGCAGCCAGGACAAGUGCAGAAUCGUCAUCAGGAUGGCUUGGAGGAACGUUGGGCAGGAGAAGCAGCUACCGCAAGUCAAGCACACGCGCGGCCUCCAUCUCCGCCGCCACCGAGUCGUCCGUAGGAACCAUGAACUCUGCGCUCCGCUCAGCCCUAGGCCGCUUCUCCUUUGGCAAGAGCGGUAUCUUCAGCAUCCGCAACUCAACCCUCGGAUCCCGCAGCUCAGGUUCCUUCGACAGCGGCUCCCGACCCGGCUCCGGCGCCUCAACACCCACAGGCGACAUGACGCGCGCCCCCGGUGCACCAGCCGGCAUCACAAAUACAAAAUGCCGCCUCUACGAGCGAGAGUCUCUUAAGAAAUGGCGUGACAUGGGUGGCGCAAGACUAACGAUUAUGCUGCCUUCCCCCAACCCAAGCGUACCUUCCUCGCCCACAAACUCGCGCCAACGCGCCCCCGGCACGAGGGAUCAUAGACAAGAGCGCCGUAUCCUACUCACCGGCAAGAAAAUGGGUGAAGUUCUGCUCGACGUUACGCUUUCGGAAACUUGCUUCGAGCGCGUCGCGCGCAGUGGUAUCGCAGUUAGCGUAUGGGAGGAUCACGUUGAUGAAGAUGGUCAGGUUGGUGGUGUGGGCAAGACGGGUGGUGUGUUGGGUGCGAGGGCCAGGGUGUUCAUGAUUCAGAUGAAGAGUGAGAGGGAGUGGAGGUGUGGUGAGACGACAAUGACGACGACGGGGAGGCGCUUGGAGAGGUGA